UGGGGGAGGCGACAUCCUGAGGGUUAUUCAUCCUCCACGAGGUUUCCUCCGCGUCCUUGGCCUUUCUCCCCACCGAUCCUUUCCUCAACUCAGUAUGUCCUAAAACUGAUGUUUGAUUGAGACAAGUCCAAAAUUUCAUGAAAAUUUAUUUUUCUCGCUUUCCCUAGAGUGGGCUGGGCCGGAAGCGGAAGUGUCUGUGAGUUCCAGUCUGGCCAUGGAGGAGUCUCCGUUCAGGGAACCGGUGUUGGACGCCAAAUCCGAGCUUGUAGAUUUUCAGUGGAAACUGGGCAUGGCUGUGAGCUCUGACCGCUGCAGAUCCCUCAAGUACCCGUAUGUGGCAGUGAAGCUCAAAGUGGCAGAUCCUUCUGGCCAAGUAAACACCAAGUCCAUCGAAAUGACAAUCCCACAGUUUCAGAAUUUCUACAGACAAUUCAAAGAAAUUGCCGCUGUCAUUGAAACUGUGUGAGGACUGAUACCGAAGUAAUGGACUCUACCUUCCAGAAAAGAACUGCAUAUGGAUGA